UGUAAAAAAACUGUAAAGAAACAGUGUGAAGUGUGUAGUAAAUGUUUCAAAUUCAGAUGUAAUUUAAUAGCUCACGUGAGAACUCACACAGGUGAGAAGCCUUUCUCAUGUGUAACCUGUGGGAAGAGUUUUAGUCGAAAAAAUAGUUUAAAUACCCACUUGAGAAUUCAUACAGGAGAAACGCCUUUCUAUUGUGUUAACUGUGGAAAGUCUUUCAGUCGAAGAAGUCACUUGAAUUGCCACAUAAGAAUUCACACAGGUGAGAAGCCUUUCUCAUGUUUGAGAUGUGGUAAAGGUUUUUCUGAUCAAAAUCAUUUGAAAGUGCACAUAAGAUCUCAUACUGGAGAGAAGCCUUUCUCAUGCACAACAUGUGGAAAAUGUUUUGGUCUUAAAACUCAUUUGAAUAGCCACAUGAGAACUCAUACAGGAGAAAAGCCUUUCUCAUGUAUUACCUGUGGAAAGAGUUUUAGUCUUAAAAGUCAAUUAGAUAGUCAUAUGAGAAGUCAUACAGGUGAGAGGCCUUUCUCGUGUAUAACCUGUGGAAGGAGUUUUAGUCGAAGAAAUUACUUAUCUACUCACAUGAAAACUCAUACAGGUGAAAAGCCUUUUUCAUGUAUAACGUGUGGAAAAGGUUUUAGUUAUAAAAGUAAUUUGGAUAUCCAUAUAAGAACUCAUACAGGUGAAAAGCCUUUCUCAUGUAUAACCUGUGGGAAGAGUUUUAGUCAUAAAAGUCAAUUGGAUAGCCAUAUGAGAACUCAUACACGAGAGAAGCUUUUCUCAUGUAUGACCUGUGGGAAGAGUUUUAGUCGAAGACUUCACCUAUCUGCUCACAUGACAACUCACACAGGAGCGAAGCCUUUUUCAUGUUUAACCUGUGGGAAGAGUUUUAGUCAAAGAGGUCAUUUAUCUGCUCAUAUGACCGAUCAUACAGGAGAGAAGCCUCUUAAAUGUAUGACCUGUGGAAAAGGAUUUAAUUAUAAAAGUGGUUUGGAUAUCCACAUGAGAACUCAUACAGGAGAGAAGCCUUUCACAUGUGCAACGUGUGGAAAAAGUUUUAGUUGUACAAGUCAUUUGAAUAGCCACAUGAGAACUCAUACAGGUGAGAAACCUUUCUCAUGUAUAACUUGUAGAAAAGGUUUCAGUCAUAAAAGUACUUUGACUUACCAUCUUAGAACUCACACAAAAUAGAAACCAUUUCCUACUUGUUGUAAAUAUGUUGUCACUCUGUGGUGGACUAGCAGGCUAAUAAGUCCAUGA